CCAAAUCCAGCAGGCAGAGAGUGCGAGAGGCGGUGCGCUGGCAGUGGCGGAGAGGAGCUGCAGCAGGACACACUCGUAUUACUCUAUGCAGGGAGCAGGCUGGGAGCCAGUGACACUCCCCUCCACACAGCCAAGUGGGACAUUGGGGACGACAAGGGACAUCCAAACUUCACUCUGACUCCAGCCAUGGACAGGGAGUGACAACCACACCCGCCUUACUUUCUACUCAUCGCUCAUUUCUCCAACUCUCACAACUUCUGCUAUUUGGAGACCCUGGAGCUGCCAUGGGGAAAAUAUUUGCAACUUGCCUGCUGACUUUGGCUGGACUUCUGCCUGCUGUGGCUGCUGGACCGUACACUGAUAAAAUGACAGGUGCUGUGAUGGACAUGUAUUCAGGCAGCUGUACCUUUGAUGAGCCAUACCAGUCCUGUGGAUAUAGCCAAUGGGAACGCAAUGAUCUAAACUGGGAACAGGUCAAUACUUUGAGGAAGUCACACACAGAUUCUUGGAUGCCAUCAGGGUCUUUCAUGAUGGUAAAUACAUCUGGAAGGUUGGCUGGGAAGAGGGCUCUUCUGUUAUUGCCUCAGCUGAAAGAGAAUGACACACAUUGCAUUGACUUUCACUACUUUGUGUCCAGCAAGAGUGGAGCCUUACCUGGACUGCUACACAUCUAUGUCACAGAAAAUAAUGGAGUAAUGGGAAGCCCUGUGUGGAACAUAUCAGGACCAGCAACUGGGAUGUGGAAUCGAGCAGAACUGGCAAUAAGCACCUUCUGGCCCAAUUUUUACCAGGUUUAUUUUGAAGUUAUUACCUCAGAUCAACAUGGAUACAUUGCAAUAGAUGAAGUGAAAGUUCUAGGACACCCUUGCAGUAAAACACCACAUUUUGUACGGGUUAAAAAAGAUGAUGUGAAUGCUGGUCAGUUUGCCACCGUCACAUGUACAGCAAAUGGAAAAACAGCAGCAAGUGACAGACUUUGGUUACAGGGUGCAAAUGGAAGAGACGCUCCUUUAAAGGAGAUUAAAGUGAAUAAUGAUCGGAGAUUUGUGGCUGUGUUCAAUGUGGUGAACACAACAAAGAGAGACGCUGGCAAUUACCGUUGUAUGAUCCGAACUGAAGGAGGAGUCGCGGUCUCAAACUAUGCAGAAUUGGUUGUUAAAGAGCCCCCUGUACCCAUUGCACCACCCCAGCUUUCUUCUGUUGGGGCAACCUAUCUGUGGAUACAACUAAAUGCCAACUCAAUAAAUGGUGAUGGGCCUAUCAUUCAGAGAGAAGUUGAGUAUCGUACUACCAGUGGAAGUUGGUAUGAUCUCCAGCCAGUGGACUCUUCAAGUUAUAAGAUUGGGCAUCUUGACCCUGACACUGAAUAUGAAAUCAGUGUACUCUUAACACGACCGGGAGAAGGUGGCACAGGUUCCCCUGGACCAGCCCUGAGGACAAGAACAAAAUGUGCUGAUCCCAUGCACGGUCCACGAAAACUGCAAGUGGUUGACAUACAGUCCAGACAAAUAACCAUUCGAUGGGAGCCAUUUGGAUACAAUGUCACACGUUGUCACAGUUACAAUCUGACCAUUCUGUACAGAUACCAGGUUGGAGGACAGGAACAAGUCAGAGAGGAAGUGAGCUGGGAUACAGAUAACUCCCACCCCCAGCACACCAUCGCUAGUCUGACUCCAUUCACCAAUGUCAGUGUCAAGCUGGUGCUUAUGAAUCCGGAGGGAAAGAAGGAAAGCCAGGAACUCAUAGUACAGACUGAUGAAGAUGUACCGGGUGCUGUACCUUUAGAAUCAAUCCAAAGCAGCACAUUUGAGGAGAAGAUUUUCCUGCAGUGGAGGGAGCCUGCCCAAACAUAUGGCAUCAUUACUUUAUAUGAGAUCUCCUACAAGGCAGUCAGCUCCUUUGACCCUGAAAUAGAUUUAUCCAAUCAAAGUGGACGUAUUCUAAAACAAGGAAAUGAAACACACUAUCUGUUCUUUGGACUGUAUCCUGGGACAACCUACUCUUUUACAAUACGGGCCAGCACAGCGAAAGGCUUUGGACCUCCUAUUACGAGUCAGUUUACAACCAAAAUCUCAGCCCCCUCCAUGCCAGCGUAUGAACUGGAAACACCUUUGAAUCAGACUGACAGCACAUUGACAGUUCUGCUGAAGCCGGCUCAGAGCAGAGGAGCUCCUGUCAGUGUCUACCAGAUUAUUGUUGAAGAAGAAAAAUCUCGACGCUCCCGGAAGACAUCAGAAAUGUUAAAGUGUUAUCCUGCUCCUAUACAUUUUCAGAAUUCCACAAUGCUGAAUUCACCAUACUAUAUUGCUGCUGAAUUUCUACCCAACCUCUUGUCUUCUAUCAUGCUCUUCACAGUCGGUGACAACAAAACCUAUAAUGGAUAUUGGAAUACUCCUCUCCUCCCACAGAAAAGCUACAGUAUCUACUACCAAGCUGCCAGCAGAGCAAAUGGGGAAACCAAGAUUGACUGUGUCAGGAUAGCCACAAAAGCUGCGAUAAUCGUGACUCAGCUUACAACACCAUACAUUCGCAUCGCCCCUGCUGCAGGCGACGACCAACUAACAGGAGCUGCAACUCGUAAGCCAGAUCCUGAACCUGAAAAACAGUCAGAUCACACAGUAAAAAUUGCGGGAGUCAUUGCUGGAAUCCUUCUAUUCGUCAUUAUCUUCCUGGGAGUUGUCUUAGUGAUGAAAAAAAGAAGAAGCUAUAACUCCUACACAUAUUACCUGAAACUGGCAAAGAAGCGGAAAGAGACCCUGAGCAGCACCCGCCAGGAGAUGACAGUGAUGGUGAAUUCAAUGGAUAAGAGCUACACGGAGCAAGGCACCAACUGUGAUGAAGCUUUCUCUUUCAUGGACACGCACAAUCUAAAUGGCAGAUCUGUUUCGUCACCAUCUUCAUUCACAAUGAAAACAAACACUCUAAGUACAACUGUGCCCAACUCAUACUACCCAGAUCCAUUUGUGCCAACUGCAAUUCUAGAAAAUCUGGAAUACCAGGACCAGAAUGGGAGUUUGAAAACCAGGACUGGACCAGAAUCUCAUGAGGAUUUGGAGUUAGUGCCAAUUAAUGAUGAAAACCACACAAACAGCGAGACAAGCAGCUUAGCCCAGUCUCAUACAUACAAGAAACGGGAGGCAGCUGAUGUUCCCUACCAGACAGGCCAGCUUCACCCAGCCAUCCGGGUAGCUGACUUGCUGCAGCACAUCACACAGAUGAAAUGUGCUGAAGGCUACGGAUUCAAAGAAGAGUAUGAAAGCUUCUUUGAAGGACAGGCAGCACCGUGGGAUUCAGCAAAGAAAGACGAGAACAGAAUGAAGAACAGAUAUGGGAAUAUCAUAGCAUAUGAUCAUUCCAGAGUGAGACUGCAGAGUAUUGAAGAUGAAGCCAGCUCAGACUAUAUCAAUGGAAACUAUAUUGAUGGCUAUCAUAGACCAAAUCACUAUAUUGCCACACAAGGACCAAUGCAAGAAACGGCAUAUGAUUUCUGGAGAAUGGUGUGGCAUGAAAAUACAGCCAGCAUAGUCAUGGUCACCAACCUGGUGGAAGUGGGCAGGGUGAAGUGCUGCAAAUACUGGCCAGAUGAUACAGAGAUAUAUAAAGACAUUAAAGUGACAUUAAUUGAAACAGAGCUACUUGCUGAAUAUGUAAUAAGAACAUUUGCAGUGGAAAAGAGGGGUAUACAUGAAAUACGGGAAAUUCGGCAGUUUCACUUUACAGGUUGGCCAGACCAUGGUGUGCCAUACCAUGCAACAGGGCUACUGGGAUUUGUACGGCAAGUUAAAGUAAAAAGUCCACCAAAUGCCGGCCCACUGGUAAUACACUGCAGUGCCGGAGCUGGCAGAACAGGCUGCUUUAUUGUCAUAGACAUCAUGCUGGAUAUGGCAGAAAGGGAAGGAGUUGUAGAUAUCUACAACUGUGUAAGGGAACUUCGCUCUCGUAGAGUGAAUAUGGUUCAAACAGAGGAACAGUAUGUGUUCAUCCAUGAUGCCAUUUUAGAAGCCUGCCUAUGUGGGGACACAUCACUGACAGCAUCUCAAGUGAGAUCUGUAUAUUAUGAAAUGAAUAAAGUAGACCCACAGACAAACUCCAGUCAAAUAAAAGAGGAGUUUAGAACACUAAACAUGGUGACACCAACACUACGGGUGGAAGACUGCAGUAUAGCGCUAUUACCCAGGAACCAUGAAAAGAACAGAUGUAUGGACGUCUUACCUCCAGACAGAUGCCUCCCCUUCCUCAUCACAAUAGAUGGCGAGAGCAGUAACUACAUCAACGCAGCAUUGAUGGAUAGCUAUGUGCAGCCGUCCGCUUUCAUCGUUACACAGCAUCCAUUGCCAAACACCGUGAAAGACUUCUGGAGACUGGUCCUUGACUACCAUUGUACAUCAAUAGUAAUGUUAAACGAUGUAGAUCCAGCACAGUUGUGUCCGCAGUAUUGGCCAGAAAAUGGAGUACAUAGACAUGGUCCUAUUCAAGUGGAGUUUGUAUCUGCUGACUUAGAAGAAGACAUAAUCAGCCGAAUAUUUAGGAUAUAUAAUGCAGCAAGGCCUCAAGAUGGAUACCGCAUGGUACAGCAGUUCCAGUUCUUGGGCUGGCCAAUGUAUAGAGAUACUCCAGUGUCUAAAAGGUCUUUUCUAAAGCUUAUUCGGCAAGUGGACAAAUGGCAAGAAGAAUAUAAUGGAGGAGAAGGUCGAACAGUUGUGCACUGCUUAAAUGGAGGUGGUCGCAGUGGAACGUUUUGUGCAAUUAGUAUUGUUUGUGAAAUGCUUCAGCACCAGAGGGCAGUUGACGUAUUCCACGCUGUGAAGACACUUAGGAACAAUAAACCUAACAUGGUGGACCUCUUGGAUCAAUACAAAUUCUGCUAUGAAGUGGCUUUGGAAUAUUUAAAUUCUGUGUGACCAUUUCAGCAAGGCAAUGAAAGCAAAUGAAAGAAGAAAAAAAACUUUUCACCUUCAUCUCAACAAGAACAAUGGACAUUGUUCCUCUAUAUUUGUAUAUAUACAAUGAAAACUUCAGUGUUCUGCUUAUUUAGCUUUCUUAUAAAUGGCUCUUUGAGGAGCUGGAAAUGUUAUCUGGAAGCUGCCUGCACUGCCUUUACCCCCACUGUCUCGCUGUUUCUGGACAAGAUGCACCUUGAUGUUUAAGGAUUGGUUAUUUACAGCGACCAAGUUGCCUGAACGAAGCAGCAGAUUUUGGUAAAACGAACGAGCACAAUUCCAUUCUUAUGAAGGAUCUUUUUUUUUUUUUUUU